UUCAAGCGUGUCUAUUUGUGUCUCCUUCUCAUACUUGUUUUGAUAUUUUGACAUAUCCAGUGAACUGAACUUUCAAUUUAUCCAUGUAAACAUUUGAACAAUUAUAACAACAAUUAACGAAAUAAAAAUGCAAUGUGAUGAUUUAGAUGUAGAGAUACAAAGGCCAGUCUUGAAUGAGCUGGACACAGGGCUGAAUGAACUGGGCAUGCUGGCAACUAGGACCAAAUCUAGGGAGGAGUACCUACAAGAAAUUCACAAUAAGAGGUUCCUGAGUAUGCUCAGUCUCAAAACCAGAUAUGUGAGCAACAUGUCCUUUGGCUUCAAGGUCAGACCAGCUACCCCACAUGUCCGCUACAAACCUUAUAGUGCACUCAAGCAGAGGCACCGUACCAAGUCUGAAAAUGGUGAUUCUGGUCCAACCGAGGCUGCCAGCUUUAUCAAGAGUGUGAUUGAUGAUUGUAUUGAUAGUGCUGAAGAGAUGAAUCAGUUGAAGAAAGCGAAGUCUCUUGAGAGUAUUAUUAGUGAGGGUCAGAGUCAAAUCGAUCUGGGGAGUAUCAAGGUUGGAAAUGAUGUAGAGACUGUCUCAACUUGUAUCAAGAAUUUGAGGGUUGAUGAAUGAGGUUUUUUUUGUUAUGUAAAUGGUUAUGUGAUAUUUUUAUUUAUUUUUCAGUUGAUUAACAAGCACUUUGUACAAGGAAACUUUCUGUAUAGGUUCAAACUGUUGUACAAAUAUGUUUGUAAUUUUGUUUUUUGGCAUAUUUAUUGAGAUUGGGUGUUGAUCACAAGACCAAAGUUCAUGUUUUAAUUUUCGGAAUAUAUUUUUUUGUUUGUUUGACUUUGGCCAUAAAAUAUACAGAAGAUUUUAAGUAUUAAAUUUAUCAGUAUUAGUUUAUGCUGAUACUCAUAGUACAAUUGAAUUGACAAUUUAUUUCUUGACUUUUUCUAUGUUCAAUAUAAUGUGUCAUCUUGAAUUAUAUACAUUUCAGACUGAAUUUUCGAAAAAGAUAUAUGAAGUAAUGUUAAAUGAAUCCAAAAUUGAUUAAUGUAUAUGUAUUUUAUACAGAAAUUGUAUUGUAUUAGUGUUUUCUCCAAUACUAAAUGUGUUAUUUCUGUUGAAUGUUAUUUAUAAAAAUGGAAAGAACGUUCUAAAAUUUCUGAAGAAUUAUUAUAGAGCACUGAAUCCAGUAUAAAUUUUUUGUAGAAGUUUUUAAUAAAUGAAUUUUGAAGACUA